GCCGAAACAUUCAGUUCAGACCAAUAAGCCUUGAGGCCUUCCUGAAGCGGCCCUUUUGAGUAUUCGCAUUUCUCUCUUCUCUUCAAGUUGUUCUCGUCGCCGACCAGUCCUUGCCGUCUUUUCCUUUCUCACAGACAAACAGAAGGAGGUGGAGUAAAAGGAGAAAGCUCCUCCAAUGGCGGCCGCAUCGAGAAACCUCAUUUCUCAUCUCCGCAUCCUUUUAUCGUCCACAGUUUCAGAAACCCAGUUCAGAACCUUCAGUGCUUGCAGUAGCCAAGUCGAGGAAUUAAGGACUCGGAUUAUCGAAGGAAAACCUGCAAUCAUGACUCCAAACUCCAAACGGACUGGAGCAAUUGCUGUCAAAUGUGGAAUGACUGCUCUAUGGGACAAAUGGGGAGAACGCGUUCCCAUUACCAUCCUUUGGUUGGAUGAUAACAUUGUUUCUCAGGUCAAAACCCCGGAGAAAGAAGGCAUAUCUGCCCUACAGAUUGGAUGUGCUCACAAAAAGGAGAAGCAUUUGACAAAACCUGAAGUAGGUCAUUUUAGAGCACAAGGUGUGCCCAUGAAGAGAAAGUUGAAGGAAUUUCCUGUUACUGAAGAUGCCCUUCUUCCUGUUGGAACUAGCAUCAGUGUCAACCAUUUUGUUCCAGGCCAGUAUGUGGAUGUUGCUGGAAUUACAAGAGGGAAAGGUUUUCAGGGUGGAAUGAAAAGAUGGGGAUUUAGCGGUAUGCCUGCAUCACAUGGUGCUUCAUUAUCUCACAGAAGUAUUGGUUCUACAGGUCAAAGAGAUGCUCCGGGAAAGGUAUUUAAAGGGAGAAAAAUGCCUGGACGCAUGGGUGGAGUGCAACGAACUGUUAAAAAUGUUUGGGUCUACAAGAUUGAUCCUGCCAGAAACUUGAUGUGGGUCAAAGGCCAGGUUCCUGGAGCUGAAGGUAACUUUGUGUUCAUCAAAGAUUCUGUGUACAAGAAACCAGAUAUUUCAACGCUUCCGUUUCCCACUUACUUUACCCCAGAAAACGAAGAUCAAGCAGAUUUGGAACCAUUAGUGGCUGAUCUUGGUGAUACAGACCCUUUUAUGGCUGCUGAUUGAUUCUAGGCAAUCUAGCUGUGACCAUGGCAUUUUCUGUCUUUACGUUUUUUAUUUCUUCAACAAGCAGCAGUGAAGUGGUAGAAGGAAUUUAUUCGUAGUAGUGUUUGACAUUUCUCUGGCUGAUGGUACUCUAAUUUUGAGUUGUACUACAAAAUUUAUCUACUUCUUGUUGGAUAGGGUGAAAUUUAGCUACCACUUCCAGAGAAAUUGUACAGACACAAACUAAUUAUGUUGUUGCUGGAUGACUAGAGCUAAUAACAGAAAUAUGAUGAAUGGAGAAUUAUAAACUAUAGUAGUUUGUCAUUUUA